AUGACACUCCAAGCAGCCUUCGAGCUCGGCGUGUUUGAGAUCUUGGCCAAGGCCAGGAAUGGGGCCGAGCUCUCUCCGGCAGAGAUAGCGGCUGAGACCACAACAAACCCCGAAGCGGCGACAAUGGUUGAUCGGAUGUUGAGGCUUUUGGCGAGCCACUCGGUUGUGGGAUACUCUUUGGCCUUUGAUGAAGAUGGGAAUGUGCAGAGACUUUAUAGCCUUACGCCGGUUUCCAAGUAUUAUGUUCGUAAUGAAGAUGGUGUCUCGUUCGGUCCACUUUUAUCGUUGCUUCAAGAUAAAAACCUUCUCCAUAGCUGA